AUGGCUAAAGGAAAGAGAGGUCAUGAGGAGGUUGAGACCUACGAGUCCGAUGGUGGCUUCGUUUCCAACGAUGACGGAAAGGCCCCCAAGACCAAGAAGAGUAAGAAUGCAGCUUCCAAAGCCAAAGCCAACCCUGAGAGCAAGUUCUGGGAGCUUUCAUCUUCCAACACUCCCCGCAGAGUCGAAGUCUCGGAAUUCAAGGGCUCGAAGCUGGUCAACAUCCGGGAGUUCUACCAGAAGGAUGACGAAUACUUGCCGAGCAGGAAGGGCAUUUCCCUGUCAAUUGAUCAAUACAAAGCCUUCGUCAAAGCCAUUCCAGCGAUAAACGCGGCUUUACGUUCACAGGGUGUCGAAAUCGAAGGAUCUGAAGAGGUUGAAGCGGAACAAUCAGAGGAGGAGGUUAAGCCGAAGCGGAAGAUAAAGGCUAAGGCUAAAGAGGAGGAGAAGUUGAAUAUCGAAGCUACGAGUGAUGAGGAGGAUGAUUGA